UCUUACAAAAAACAACAUGACUAACUCUUCAAUUGAUGUGACAGGCCUCUAUACCUCGCUGUCACCGUUUAAUAUCGCCAUAUUGAUCCUGUAUGCGAUUGUGGUUGUUAUUGGUGUAAUGGGCAACGGCUUGGUUGUGAUAAUCGCUUGGAAAACAAUCUCUAUGCAUACGACCGCAAACUUCUUGCUGACAAAUGUGGCUGUUGCUGAUAUAAUCUCUUUGGUUUGGUGUAUUAUUCCCAUAGCAUUUAGCCUCUCUGCCAAGCAUCCAAGUGGAAAAUUGGGCACAUAUAUUUGCAAGUUUUUCUCUGGAUAUGCGAUGACCUGUAUUUCAGUUUCUGUCAAGCUUUCCAGCUUAUUAGUUUUAGCAAUUGAGCGCUACCUCGCUGUUCUCAGGCCUUUGGAAAUCAAUUUGCAUCGACGUCAGAAAUACAUUGGUUAUCGCGUAGCAUUUAUCUGGAUUUUUGCAAUACUAUUCUCCUUGCCUGGUUUUAUCUACAGCGAAUACGAUCAACGGUUACAAAGAUGUUUGGAUCCGUGGACAAUUGAAAGAGUUUCGACCAUAAAAUGGCAGAUAACAAUGACCAUAGUUUUUUUGAUCAUAUGUUCCAUCUGUUUGUUCUAUUGCCAUAUCCAGAUCCUUAAAGGCAUCUUUAUUACUAACACGGUCUGCUCCACCUCAUCGGCAGGCACGAAAAGAGAGAAUUUGAGGGCAAAACGUACUCUAGCGAUUGUUUCGUUUACAGUUACAGCAGCGUACAUAAUUUGCAACACGCCAUACUUGGUGUUUGAGAUCUAUGUAGCUUAUUCAGAACAUGAAAACAUUUCAAAUAAGUACGAGACUUUAUACAGAAUUUAUCGAGUUCUUGGCUUUAUUAUGUACUUCAACUCAUGUCUAAAUCCGUUUCUUUACGCCUUCCAGAGCUCUAAUUAUCGAAAAAACUUUAAAAGAAUCUUUUGCCAUCGAGAAACUGUACUGAACGAUGGCAACAUCAAUU